CGGAAACUGAAGAAGAAGGGUUUGCUUUCCGAGGAGCCCUGAACGCAGCAUGAUCCUCGUUGCAAAACCAUCCAGGACAGCAUCUCCUUCGUUACAACAUGAGAUAGAUCCGUCUUCAGGAGGUCCAGCUGGGUGUAAGGAGUGCUGGACUGGACGGGAGCCAUGGCUUUAAAGCUGCUGCAGAGUUUCCAGCUGCUUGGGCAGACAUCAAUACACCGUCCUGUUGGAUUGAGCUGUAUCUCCAGGCUCCUCAGUGCCAAGAGCGCAGCAGAGCCAGUUUGUGUGGCAUGCCUGUGCACUACAGCCAGCCGCUGCAUCCGCAGACACGGCUGCCGGAAGCUCCAGCUCGACUGUGGGAAAAUGAGUCUGUCCACCAUUGUCAGGGACCCGUCCUUCUUCGCCACCGGCUCUGUCAGUCUCCACAAAGAUUCGGCGCCCAGGUUUUGUCUGACCCAGCUGCAUCGGCCCACGGAGACAGAGGAGAGGGCUUUCCAGGAGCGUCUGGGGAGCUGUUCCUCUUCACGGCAGGUUCUCAAGCUGCUGCGCACGGUGGAGAUCAUGUCUGACACCAUGGCUGCAGCGGCACUGCACCGUGUGGCCGACCUGGAGCAGGAUGAUCACACUCUGAAGGAUCCGUCAGUGCUGGAAAACGCCACCAUCAGGGCCCUGUGCUUCCAGCUUGAGCACGACUCUGUGCGCCUGACGGAUGCUGGGCUGGCAUCAGCUCUGUUGGCCUGCACCCGCCUCUAUUUGGACCCCUGGAGCACCUUGAUGGUGCGGAUGGUGUCUGAGAGCCAGAAGAGGCUGGAUAGGGGGGAGAUGAGUGUGGCACAGCUGUGUAACCUGGGCCAGGCAAUGCUGGCGAUAGAGGGCCCGAACUGUGGGAUGCUGGAGCAGGUGAUGCAGCAAAUCCAAAAACAGCAGCCUGCCCGAUGGAGCCUGGCAGACCUUGUUGCUGUUUAUAGACUUCUGCAGGCGGGGUUGGGCAAAGAUGGGAAAUACCAGAACCUGCUGAAUGCCAUGCACACCCACACUGUGUCAGUCACCUCCCGUAUGGAUCCUGCUGCGGUCAGCGAGGUGCUCAAUGCUCUGAUGUCCCUGAACCAGACCCAGGCCAUGCCCCUUGUCAUCAGUCUUUGUAAGCAGGCUGUAAGACACGUGCCUCACUUCACUGACGAGGAGCUCACUGCUGUGCUUGGCGGGCUGAUGUUCUUCGGUCACAGUGAUCAUUACUUUGUGGGGGCUUUGGAGCGGUACGUGCCCACGAUGACCUUCACCUCCGACCCAGAGGCUGUCACCAAGGUGAUCCAGUACUUUGGCCGGAGGAACAUCCUGUCCGUGCCCGUGUUUGAUGCUGUGGCUGAGAGCUUUGUGUACCGAGCGGACGACUACACCACCAGCCAGGUGGCCAGGCAGAUCAUGGCGUUUGGGAAGCUGGGCUACCUGCCACCCAACGCUGGUGAGGUUUUCAGGAAGGUCGAAGCCAUCUUGCAUACCCGCUUCUCACACUUCCAGCCUCGGACGUUGCUCAACCUGCUUCACUCCUGCAUCCUGGUGGAGAGAUUCCCUGUUAACUAUGUUUCCAAAGUUUUUAGCAGUUUCUUCCUCCAGCAGCUUGAAGAGAAGAACAAAGCAAUGGACCGGAUCAUUUUGGCACAGCUGACCCAGCUCUACAUGACAAUGAGGCUGGAGUGUCCUUUCUAUCAGGGUCCCAGGCUGCUUCCGAAGUACCACGUCAAGUCUUUCCUCAUGUCUGGCCGCUCUCUGGAGACGCCGGUGGACCGACACCUCUACAACUGUGUGAAAAGUGGACUGGAGGAUCUGCUCGGGGCUCGCUCAUACUUUGCAUCCAACGUCCUGACCCCCUACUGCUACACACUAGAUGUGGAAAUAAAACUGGAUGAAGAAGGAUACGUGUUGCCUGCCAGUCAUAAUGACGAGGUCUACAAGAGGAUAGCUCUUUGUAUUGAUGGACAUAAAAGGUUCAGUACAAACACAAGGCAGCUGCUCGGGAAAGAGGCCAUCAAGCAGCGACAUCUGAGGCUUCUGGGAUAUGACGUGAUUCAGAUCCCUUACUAUGAGUUUGAAAAACUACAAAGCAAGACCAGCAUAGUGGAAUAUCUGCACAAAAAAAUCUUCCCUCACACUUACAGGCUGAGCUGGUGAUGGCAAACAGAAAAUGUGAUGAGUAUUUAGAGGCCAUGACAUCAGGACUUUUUUUUUUUUUUUUGGUGGAGUUUUUCCACAAAUCUGUCUUGAAGAAAUCGAAGAAAUAUUUUUUGUUAAGGACUGUCAUUGUUUUAAGGCUGCAUUAAAAUUAUUAAUUACAUGCACACGCUUCAGUAUAUAAU